UACCAGCAGCAGUACUUCUGAAAUGAGCCAUGAUGAAGUAUUUGCUAUCUUUGGUGAUGAAGAUUUCCAAAAGCGCAGUAACAAUCACAACCACAGUCACAAUCAUAAUCACAAUCAUAUCACAAAUACUAGUAGUGGUGGUGCUACUGUCAAUAGUAGCAGUAGUAUUACACACAGCACUACUACUACUGCUACUGCCACUACUAAUACUACUAAUACUAAUAGUAAUGGUGGUGGUGGUGGUGGAGGAGGAGGAGGCGGAACUACAAGUGGUUAUGACUCUAGUGUGGAGUCUACUUGUGAUGAUGGAAGCUCUUCAGAAGACGAGGACUCAGAAGACGAACCAUUGAAUGGUUGGACAGACGAAGAGAUCUUGCGUGGGCGAUACAACAGUACGAUCGCAAAGGGAUUAGAGAACAUUAACAUUAACAAAGCUUAAAAAACAAAAAUUCUGCUGAUUUGUACAAUACUAAUAAUAAAUAAAUAAAUAAAUAAAUCCAAAUUCAAGUAU